CUUCUUCUUUCACCUUACGGACUUGCAACGGGUCUAGUUGGAUCAAAUAUGUUCCAUCUUCAAACCCGAUCCACUAAGCAACGGAUAGCUCACUGCUCGCUGCUCACCUUCCCUUCCAGCGUCCGCUCCCACCACGCGCUCAUAGUGGCAAAUGGCCUCCUCCGCCCUGGCGCUCCUUCUCCCACGGGGCGUCCCAGCGCUGCGCGCGGCUUCAGCCUCCCUCCCCCGCCGCUGCGCCUUGGGGAUCCUCGCGGCGGUGGAACCCCUAUCCCCGCCUGCUGCUGCAUCGGCAGGCGAAGGCGCGCCGGCCUCGUCCUCUGGCGGCCCCAAGGCCACACCUCCCUUGAAGGCCCUACAUGGAACUCCGUGGAACCUGCAUCCCGAUUACAGGCGGUGGAAGGAUGCGGAAGAGGAGAUCCUGAGGGACAUCGAACCCAUCAGGAUGCUCACCAAGCACAUUCUUCACUCCGACAGAUACUUUGAUGGUGAGCGUUUGAGUGCCAAAGACGAAAAAGAAGUCAUAGGAAAACUUCUCAGAUACCAUCCUCGUUCAGAAGAUAAGAUUGGUUGUGGCCUUGAUUAUAUAAUGGUUGAUCGGCAUCCUCAAUUCAAACACUCAAGAUGCCUCUUUGUGGUGCGAACUGAUGGUGGCUGGAUAGACUUCUCGUAUCAGAAGUGUCUUAGAGCUUACAUCCGAGACAAGUACCCACUGCAUGCAGAAAGGUUCAUUGGUGAGCAUUUGAAACGCAACUGAAGGUUCAUUAACUGGAGCCAUCUGGUUUUGUACAUCAUCUACGAAGAUCUGGCCAGUCUUUCUUAUUCAUGAAAUAGCAGUCAGUGUGGCGCUGAGUUCUCGGAUGAAUAGAAGCUGGUUUUCAAGUGAUCAGUUAGUGUGCAUUUCUUGUGAUACAAUAAGAGCACAGGAUUUUGUGUAGUCACAUUUUUUAUCAUAUUGUAUGGGAAUGAAUAAAUUGAAGGAGUUCCUCUAUUAUCAUUUGAAUUGAACUUGUUUGCUAAAAAAUUGAACUCUUGUAGUUUGUAUUUGUAGUUUA